GAAAUUAUCAAAACAGUUUGAGGUGGCAUUAAGUGAUCUGUUGAGCUAUUGGGUGCUUCGUAGCAGUCAAAUAAUUUUAAAAGUAUCAACAUUUUAGUGAAAAACUCAAAAUGACAAAGAAAAUCUUCACGAUCCUCUUCCUCAUAAUUUCCAUCGCUUCUUUCAUUCAUGCUGAUGAUGAGGAGAUCAGUAUUGACUGUACAAUCGGAAAAGUCAACUACAUCUUCUUCAAUCAACUUAUGUCAUGCACAGUGAGCUCAAAAACUAACAUAAUGAGAAGAGAGACAAAAGUUACUUCAAUUUGUGGCGGUUCCACUGCUGGCAUCAAAGUUUUCUAUGCUCUAUCUAAAGUCAUUCGCUAUAUUCCUAAAAAUUUGAAGGUUGUCUUUAAGGAUCUAACUGGAUUCAGGUUAGAAAAUACACAAUUAAAAAUGGUGACCAAGGAAGAUCUCGAACCAUUCCCAGAUCUCCUGAUGUUCGCUAGUGUCAGCAACCACAUCGAAUUUCUAGAUGAAGAUCUCUUCAUAUAUAAUACAAAACUUCAAUACGUCAGCUUCCGUGCCAAUAAAAUCUCAUUCAUCCAUCCAACAGUAUUUGCCAAUGUUAAGCUAACCUUAAAGCAGCUUUACAUGGAUGCUCAGGCAAUCAACUGUGGAAUUGGCAAUCCAACAACACCAGCUGCAAUAGAAAAUGCUUUAAUUAAAUUUGAAUUUUCUCAAUGUGCUGACAUCCUUAAUGCACCUGCUUUAUACAGCUUGUGGCUUGAGUUGAAAGGACAAGUGUCUGGUGGAAGCGAAGAGUUAGAGACCUGUCAGGCUGAUUUGGCAGCAGCUUCAACUGAUUUAGAUGCUGCCAAAACAGAGCUUGAUACAGCAAAAACUGAACUUGAUACUGCAACAACUGAACUAGCGACUGCUAAGCAAGAGGCAGCGGAAUGUUCUUCUGAACUGGAAGCAGCUAAGACUGCUUGUGAAGGAACAGGUGCUACAUUGGAAGAAAUUACUGGAAAGCUAGCUGGUUGUUGUGCUGGAGAUGCUACAGCUAAAAAUUGUAUAGCAUUGUAAAUUUAAACGCUUUAUUUUGAAAUCAAUUGUAUUUCAAGAAUCAAUUCUGCAAAUAUGCAAAUAAAAUUAUCUUUAUUCAAGCAAUCAAAAAAUU